UGCAAGAGAAAUUCCGCAGGAAAGUACCAAACUGUGUCUGGAUAAGAAAGGUAAAAUUUUCCAUGUGCUUAAUUAGCUAAGCACUAUGCCAUGAAGACAUAUGGGGGAGUGGAGGUAUAGCCAAGAUUCUUAAGCUCGGUAAGUGGAGGUGCAAUGGAGGAAGAGAACUCUGCUGCCCUUGAGGAUGAACAGAGACAGGAUGAAGUUCCACAUAAAAAAAUUCGCCAUCGAAAGAAGCAGUUAUACAAGGCAAUUAGAAAUCAGGUGGAAUUUUACUUCAGUGAUGCUAAUCUUGCAAAAGAUCGCUUCUUAGGGAACUUAAUUGCAGAGGACCCAUAUGUAGACAUCUCAGUUAUUAUGCAGUGCAACAAAAUUCGGGCUCUAACAACAGACGUGAAAGAUAUAUGUGGUGCUUUAAGGUAUUCAGAUUUACUGUCUGUGACAGAGGAUGGCACGAAGGUGUUCCGCACUACUCCAGUUAAAGAAAAGAAUAACACUGACGACUGCACGAUUUAUGUUGAGCAGCUGCCUCUGGACGCCCAACAUGAAUGGCUGAAAGAAGUCUUCUCUGCCUAUGGAAAAGUUGCCUAUGUCUCACUCCCCAAGUAUAGAAGCAGUGGGAAGAUUAAAGGUUUUGCUUUUGUUGAAUUUGAUACACCUGAAGAGGCUAACAAAACUUUGGAGGCUUUUGGUGCCAGGGGCUGCCGCUUGUCAUCUCAGAUUGCUCCAGAGAAACUUUGCAGCAUUUCCACCUAUGGACCUGAUGAAGUGAAAUCUGAAAAUGUGCCAUCAGAGAAAAUAGGCGACAGUGAAGAGAGUCAGCUUCAAGAUAAACUUUUGAGGAAGAAGAAGAAGAGAAAGAAGGAGAAACAAGAACGUGGAACGGAAUUGAAUAUCAAAGGAAGUGAAGUUCUUCAAACAGAAAAAAAAAAGGAAGUUGCUAUGUCUGCGAAAAAGUGUAACAGGAAAAGGAUUCAAGGAACUGAGAUGGAAGCAGUUGAGACAGGACAAUCACAACCAGAGGAUGAUAGUCCACCCCUUAAGACGAAGAAAAGGAAGCGGACUGAAGAGCCUGGAGUUGAGGGAACAGAAGGGAAUACAGACAUUAUUCCCCAGUCGCAUGAGUCAGAAAAAUGUUUGGAAAAGAAAAAUCGGAAAAGAAAAAACGUAGAAGCAGAAGAAGCAGUUGUAUCAGAACAUCAGCAAGUCUCGUCAGAUGUUGAACAUGAAAACGAAGGCGUGGUAAAAAGGAAGAAAAUGAAGUUGGAAGAGUGGGAUGGAGAACUGGUUGAUGAAAUUGGCACUGAGGAAGGAGUUGAAGAUGUGGUUAAAAAGAAGACAAGGAAGAGAAGGAAGAAGCACAUGAAGGAUAAGCAAGAUAUUGAAGCUAGUCGACUGCAAAUUUUGUCAAAGCAAGAAUGGAAGCACUUACGUAACAAGUACCUGAAUUUACAAAGACAAAAGAUGGCGUGCUUGAAACAGUAUCUUGGUAGGAAUCGAUGGAACAGUAAUCCACAGUUUCAGCACCAGGAUCGGUUACAACCUGCAAAUGGGCACAACCACGAGGAGGAGCACCAUGGAAAUGAAUCCACAGAUAUGGAAGCUUCAGUGAAACAAGAGACUGAGAAAGAACCAAGAUUUACAUUCACCCCUGGAGUUAUUGUGCAUGCGGUGCUUGAUGAACCAGUCGUGGAAGUGCGGAAGUUCAAGGCUGAUGCUAAAGCCCUUGGUGAUGUAGAGUAUGUGGAUGUCAUAAUGGGCACAAAUGAAGCUUUUCUUCGUUGUUCAACUGCUGCUGCAGCCGAGCAGUUGGUGUCCAGUGCACCGUGGCAGCAAGUGGAGAUUCUUAAAGGCAAAGAUGAAUCUCAGUACUGGGCAAAAAUCAUCAGCGAUCGUGAGCAGAAACUCUCUAACAAUAUCCGUGCAAAACACAGAGGACGUGAUAAAAUCUUAAGAAGGGCUGAAAGAGAACUAGGAAAGCACAUAAGAUUUGAUGAUUGAGGAAAUCGCAGAAGCCAUACUGUUUGAUAGAGAAAGAUAAAUUGGUGCAUUGAAAUAUGGGACAUCCUCAAUCUCAACUUUUACUACAAGGUCAUCCUGAGCAGGGUACAAGUAUGAACCCAAAGGAAUCACCUGGAAAAGAGAACAGAUCACUCAGUUUGGGGAACAACAUGCAGUAUCCCAGUAACAUCUUGUGGGGGAAUUCAUUUAAUUCCCUCAUCACGAAGUUGUGUAACAAAUAUAACAUUUAAUCAUUGCAGUUGAAAUAUAACGAUUAUGACAACAGAAUGGGCAAAUUCUAUGUGGAAACAGUAUUAAGCACUGUCAAAAUAAACUGUUUGCCUUUGACUGUAUGCCACAGUAUUGUAAUAAACUGUUAUACAUAAACAUGA